UUGAGAAAGUAGCGAGGGAGAUGGGGGAAAUUCAAAUCCAAAAUGGAAUUUGAAAUAUUGGGCGCAUGAUUGAUCAACUCAAUAGUCAAAACUACCAAUGAUCCAAAACUUGAAACAAAAAUAGGCUAAACUAUGCAGCGGUUCGUGUGUUUUAUCUCCUUGGAACCUUCUUUCAUUUUUAGAUACUUCUCUCUCUAAACCCUUUCCUUUACCAUUCCCUAUGUGCAUUGGACCUUCCAAUUGCCUUACGACCGCUUCCAUCAUUUUCAGCUUCUCCAUUAUUAUGCCAUAAACCUUUCUUCAUUACAACCUUUCUCACACUCUUUUAUUGUACUUGCUGAGCUUAAAACUUGAGAUUUUUUGUGGAUUUUCUCCAUUAUUAUGCCAUAAACUUACAUCAGGAUUCUCCCAUCAGAAUUUUGUAUUGUAUGUGUUUGGUAUGAAAGCUUAUGAUCUAUAAAUGUUAAGCUAUUUUGUAUGCAUUUUCUUGGAACCUUUAGAAAAUGAUUAAAACAUGCAUGGUUUUCGAUGUCCUGUUUUUGGGGUCAACCAAAAUUAAGCGAGAAGUCUCUAGUCUUGAUUUCAACAAAACAAGGAGACAAUGAUAAGGGACAAAAGUUGUAAGAAAUGAGAAAAUGAGUUCAAAAACUGUGUGUUUUUACACUUUCCAUUCUGAAAACUUGAAACAAAUCUGAGGUUUCCAUGUUUGUUGUGUUGGUGUUCCUUGUCUCAAUCUUCCUGUUUCUAUCCUUCUAAAAGUUUUCUUUUUUGGGUACCUCAAAAUGGCACUAUUUUUAAUUUGAAAAUUAUUUUAAUCCUUCUUUGCACUACAUUUAACAUAAACUUUAGAGCAUACAUUUUUAGCUUUAGACUAAGAUUCAAUUCAACGUUGAAAAGACAGAAAUAGUUUCAUAUUUUUAUAUUAAAUCCUUUUGUAUCUCGAAAUUUUGAGAAAGUUUUUAAAUUGAGUCACAGGUGGAGUUGGCUUAAAUAAUAAGCAUUCCCACUUUUGGUUUCUCGUGCAUUUCUCACUUCUUCUUCACACUCUGCAAUUUUCCUCUUUCUUCUUCUUCUCUCUCCAAUGGAGACACGCUUCAAGCUCCGCCUCUCUCGCAUGUUCCAAUCCCCUUUCGUCUCUUGCCGUUCCCGUUAUCUCUCCGAUAUCAUUCACAAACCUGUCUUCGUUCCGUCGGAACCUGCCCAAACCGUUGCUUCCUCUCGCCAUUUGCUUCUCCCCCAACGCAAAAUUUCCCGCCGGUUCUCUUUUGCUCCUUUCCCAUCUGCAGUUCCUGGCGGCCGGACCUGCCCUCUGGCGUCCCCGAUUUCGCCCUUCCCGGAGAAUGUGACCCGUGAGAAAAUUUCGACGACGAAUAAGAAGAAAAAGAAGAAGCAGAGUAAACAGAGGAAACAGAGGAAGAAGGAGAGUCCGUUUUGCCAGUUCAGUUCGUUAUCUCUGGAGUCAAACUUCGGCGGUACGUGGUGGUACAGUUGCGAGGACGAGGACGAAGACGACGAAACGGACACCAUUUUUUCUUCGAAAUCGCGCUCUUCUGAUUCCUCAACGUCCCACCGACGGUAUAAGUCUCGCCGGAGAAGAGGAGGUCGUAACGGAAGCUCUGAAAUGGGGGUGUUACCAUUGACGGAGAAAGUGAAAGAUAGCUUUGCAGUGGUGAAGAAAUCGAGCGACCCAUAUAACGAUUUUAGAUGCUCGAUGUUGGAAAUGAUUGUUGAGAAACAGAUUUUUUCUGGGAAGGAUCUUGAGCAGCUGUUGCAGUGUUUUCUCUCCUUGAACUCCCACCAUCACCAUAAUGUCAUUCUUGAGGUUUUCACAGAGAUUUGGGAGGCUCUGUUUUCCGACUGGGGAUCCUGAUAUGAACAUGAAAACUCUAAUCCCUUCGUUCUCCUUUUGUUCUUAAGAACUUCCAUUGCUUAUUUAAUCAAACUCUUUCUUCCCCUUGUGUAUAAUUUCCAUUUCUUGUUUUCUCCUCACUUGAAAUUCAAGAAUGAAGAAAGAACAUCAGCAUAUUGAAAACA